AAUCCCUGGGAAGAUGGCUCUCUUCCAAACCCACACAUCUCCCAGCAUGAUUGCUUCUAUUUCACCCAUGUCCGCAUUCCAGACAUCAACACAUCCAAUUUCGAUCUCUUACUUCUCCAGGGAAACCCAUCAAGAGAAUUCACUCUUUUCUUCCAGGACGAUGGCUGCCAAGACCAUUCCUUUUCCACCAUCGACGCAAUUCAGAAGGCUGCUCUGCAAACCACCUCAGGGAAAGCAUGUCAGACGAGAUUAUCUUGUGAAAAAGUUUUCAGCUGAGGAGGUGCAAGAGUUGGUGAAGGGCGAGAGAACUGUACCCCUUAUUAUUGACUUCUAUGCGACAUGGUGUGGACCCUGCAUUUUGAUGGCUCAAGAGCUUGAAAUGCUUGCCGUGGAGUAUGAGAAAAAUGCAAUGAUUGUCAAAGUUGAUACUGAUGAUGAGUAUGAAUUUGCUCAAGACAUGCAGGUGAGAGGUUUGCCAACACUAUUCUUCAUCAGCCCAGAUCCAGAAAAAGAUGCAAUCCGGACUGAAGGUCUUAUUCCAAUUCAAAUGAUGCGGGAUAUUCUAGAUAACGAGAUGUAAAAGAGAAACAAGAAGGAUCAUUUCAUGCUAGAUAAAGAGUUGGAGACGCCGGUUUUUGCUGUCAAAUUAAAGUGUUAAAACACCCCCAUCAUCUCCAUGCCAUCUUGGUUAUUAAUUUCUUUUGCUGUUGUUGUUUUGUCAUGUAUCAGAAUCAUAGAAACUUUAUGACGUUAAAAAGUCAUGUAUCCAUGUGUACAGAUGAAGAUUUGCAGAUAUGUUAUUGAUUUAUAAAGCUCCGGAUCAUGC